GAUUAGGCCUGGCUUGCGCUGGAGCGUGGUUUUGGUUGUGAGGGUCAUAAGAUGGGAACUCUCCCGGCACGUAGACAUAUCCCGCCGUGGGUGAAAGUUCCCGAAGACCUGAAAGAUCCAGAGGUGUUCCAGGUCCAGACGCGGCUGCUGAAAGCCAUGUUCGGCCCGGACGGAUCUCGAAUCCCUUACAUCGAGGAGGUGAGCAAGGCCAUGCUCGAGCUGAAGGCUCUGGAGUCUUCAGACCUCACCGAGGUCGUGGUUUACGGCUCCUAUUUGUACAAGCUCCGGACCAAGUGGAUGCUCCAGUCCAUGGCUGAGUGGCACCGCCAGCGCCAGGAGCGAGGGAUGCUCAAACUUGCCGAAGCCAUGAAUGCCCUCGAACUAGGCCCUUGGAUGAAGUGAACCAGCUUCCAGCCAAUGCAAUGAAGGCCAGGAUGCAGAGAUUAGGUUGUGGCCAGAGGUAGAGUGAUUCCUUCAGCUUGUUUUAAAACCUGCUCCAGCCUAAAGAAUUAAGGGAAAACCAUCUGUUCCCUUAAAGAGUUAAGGGAAAACCCCUGGCUCUGAGUCUUGUUGUGAAUAUCUCUUUGAUGGUUGUCAAUAAAAAGUGGUUUUCUUUUUCCAUUUUUUCCCAUUUUUAAAAAUAAGAAUAAAGUUUUAAGUAAGCUGA